GUCGAGCACCGUUGUAACAUGAGAGAUUAGUUUGUGCAAGUCACAAUAGGUUUGUCGCUCAAUCCGGAAUUUUUAUCCUUAUCUCGAAAUUCAUUCCAUUUUUAAUAGUAUGUUUUAAUCGUCCCCUUGCAUGCAGGUAUUUGUUCCCCGUCACCUGGACUCAGAGCAGACAUGGUAGAACCAACAACACACAAGUUUGCAACUCUAGAAGAGGAGCUGGGCUUCUGGAAGGAGCAGGCAGAGACACAUCAACAGAGGGCUCAAGAGGCUCAGGAGGAGCUGCAGGAGUUUCAGCAGAUGAGUCGAGACUAUGAAGCAGAACUGGAAACUGAGCUGAAGCAGUGUGAGGGUCGAAACAAAGAGCUGCUUUUGGACAACAACCGACUUCGCAUGGAACUUGAAAGCAUAAAGGAAAAAUUUGAUGUCCAGCAUUCUGAUGCUUUGAGGCACAUCUCAACACUGGAGGAAGAUCUGGUCGAAACCAGAGCCGUCAGAGAUCACCUGCAGAAAUACAUCAGGGAGCUCGAGCAGUCCAAUGAUGACCUGGAGAGGACCAAAAGGGCUACCAUCAUGUCUCUGGAGGACUUUGAGCAGCGGAUGAACCAUGUCAUUGAGAGGAAUGCCUUUCUUGAGAGCGAGCUGGAUGAGAAGGAGAACCUGCUGGAGUCUGUUCAGAGGCUCAAGGAUGAGGCCAGAGAUCUCCGCCAGGAGCUUGCUGUGCGUCAGAAGGAAAGACGUCCGUCCAGCAGCCUGAGCAAAGACACAGAUCGAGCAGAUCUGCCGUGUCCCUCGGCUGGUAACCCAUCCUUCCCUGUCACUCCCUCUAAACCGCUCAGCUCAUUUGUCACGCCCCCUGCUUCCAGCAUCCGACGAGGUGAUGGUCUAACUGGGACUCCCCUCACUACAUCUGCCAGAAUAUCAGCACUCAACAUCGUAGGGGAGCUGCUCAGAAAAGUCGGAAAUCUGGAGUCCAAGUUGGCAUCCUGUCGAGACUUUGUGUACGACACGUCUGUUAGCAGACCGGCCCUUCCAGCUGGUCCUGGUAGUCCCGCAGGUUUAGAAGCAGGGCCUGAGGUCCAAACUACCGGCAUGAGCCCCCCUCCUCAGUAUGACAGUUUAGUGAAGCGGUUAGAGUUUGGACCAGCUCCUCCGAGAGGGGUCUCCCAGGGUGCUCAGUCUCCACAGGGAGGAGUCAAGAUCCUGCUAUGAGACAAAAUGAAGACAAGCCACCUCCUUUCUUCAGUAACCUCACCCCAACCUCUACCCUCCCCCCCUACCUCCUUAGUAAACUACAGCAAUGGGAUGUUAAACUGAGCUGUCUUCCCCUGUCGCCAUGUGUCCUGCUGAACUAUUUGAACACGAAAGCCACCCUCGUUGCUCCGUGCCCCACAUAAUCAGCGCAUGGACUCCUGCUGCCUCAGGCUAGUAUCACACCGUAUCUAUUAUAAGAAGCAGCACUACAGCUUGUAUAAAGUCAAGGAGUGCAGAACUAACUGCUCACACAUUAUCCCCUACGGUAUCUUUGACGCUGUGGUGGGUGGCUUCUGAAAAAGAAAAAAAAAAAACUUCUGCAUUAGCUGAUUCGCUUUCACUGAUGGACCAAGCACAACAGGGCUUUUGGAAGAUUCUUAGGAAAAAACAAAUAUAUUUAGGGUGGUUGUUGCACUUACCCAUUAAUCCACUGAUGUAGGGACCCAAAUUAGAGCCAGUCAGAGUAUAAAAAACAGCCGCUGGAAAUAGGGUCCCCAGUGUAGGGACCAAAAACCUGGGAUGUUAUUCAUUAAAAAAAGUGUUAAUGACCAAGUCCAAACCAAAGCUGUGAUAAAUGGGGGAAAGAUGAUCAAGCAAGAAAAAAUGGGUUCAUUUUCUCUUUUGUAAAUCUGAACAUUUUGUUAGUAAUUUCAUUAACAAGUCUGUUUUUGUUCUUUAUUCUUUAAAGUAUGGGUUUGAAUAAUGUAGUUCUAAUCAAGAAUGGCAUUGAUUAGCUUGUCAGUGACAAAGACUGAUGUGGAGGAGCUGGUUAAAACGAUGGAAAUCAUUUUUUUCCCUCAUGAAACUUCUGACUCAAUUCUCCACUGUUACAAAAACCAAUCGUUUAGAAAGAGUUAAGAAUGAAUUAGUUGCUGCCACGAGUUUUAGCCAUCGCUGCCUUCAUCACUGUUAUUACCUCUUCGGUUCGUAGGCCUUGCUUCGCUGCAAUAGUUGAGAUAAAUGAAAUCUAUUCCUCACGCUGCCAGGCUUCUAAAAAAUGAGGAAAAUGUCACUUCUCUUCAGGCUACUUUAAAUAAUUUCACGUAGUAGUUUGUUAAAUUCAGUUUGGCCCUUGUCAUUUCUGUCCCUUCCUCCCUGCCAUUGCACAGAGUUGUUUUAACAGACUAGUCAUUUUCUAGUAUGCAAGGCUUCUAACUGUGAAGAAUAGGUAUAGGUUUUCUGCCUCAGAUAAGAUUCAUCAAGCUGCAGAUUUAUUUAGUGUUUCCAAGAACUUUUUUUUUUUUUACUAAGAUUAUUUUAUUCGACUGUAGAAUUUAGUCCGGCACAUGUGCACUACUGAAUGUAUAGUAAUAAUUGUAGAGGUGUGAGACCUCCUGUCUGCCAUUGAGGGUUAUACGGUGGGCGAGGAAAAAAUACAAAGCAAUAAUAGAUUUUAACAGGUCAAAGAUAAGCACAGUUCGUACUAUAUUUGUGUAGGUAAAUAGAGCCUAUAUUGAAACCCCUUGUCCUGCCUUGUAGAAAGAGAUGUUGUGAAUGGGGGGGAAAUAGAGCGAUGGACAGUUUUAAUGUGACACCAGUGCUUUUCCCUGAAAUGUUUCUGGUUAAUCUGGAGUUCUCACUACUGCCAUCCAGCAGCUCAUCAAGCAGAUAUUUCAAUACAUAUCUAAAUAUCAGACUUAUACAGCAGUCAUCGCUGUAUACUGCACUGUAGCCUGUGUGUAGGAAUUAACUUCAUACAUAUGAGAAACGCAGUUCCUGCUCCUCUUUGCUGUUUAACCUUCCUCAGACUAACACGAGAACUAUAACAGUAAUCUAUGACCACUGUGUACUGGGUGUUUGUUUGUGUGCAGCAGCUCUGCAACUGCUCUCUGUAUUUGGACUUUAAACUGUAUGUGCCUGAGGUACUAUACCCAACUUUUAUCCUGUUGGUAUGCAGUUGUUGUUUUUUGUUUUUUUUAAUUGAACUGAACAGAUUAGAGUAAUGUUCUGUUGUGAUGUUUAAGUUUGUUCUUUGAAGUUACUGAUCAAGACAGAAACAUUAAAAGGAGAAAAUCUAACCUUUUUUUAAAAUAUCUUUAUUUCUUGUGCAGGUGGUUCAACAAUUAAUAGAUACAAAUGGUGUUAUGUAAACAUCCGUUGAGUACAUAUAACAUUAGAGAAAUGAGAAUGAGUUAGAUUAGGGUGAUCAGGGGCGUUUUAAACAUGUACAAUAAACCUGGACACAUGGAAAAUACUGAAAAUGAAGACGCGAGUGCUGUGAAGUUUCCAAUGCUGACAUCCGGCACGUGACUUUAUAGUUGGAGUAACCCUAAACUUUAUUUUUUGCCAUGAAACAAAAUGUUAUUAAUGGACUAAAAGUUAUCUAAACACAUCUGGGCACAAGAAAGGUGCAAAUAAUACAAAUCAGUGACUUUAGAAAAUGUCCGACAGCUAGAUAUUUGUUCACUGGGGUACAAAUGGCAGCACUGACUGGAGGCAGACUGGGUAUAGAAACAUCAGUCUGCAUAUCCACUCCGAUAAACCACUUCAGUGCUGCUCUGAAACACUAACAGCAGUCACAGGCAACAGGACGACAGUCGCUGAUAAUAGUUACACAUCUGUAGAUUUACAUUAUGUCUCUGCUCGUAAAUUCUUAAGGUCACUUAUUGUGCAGACCCGAGGUUUUUGCUGGCAACUUAGCGUGGUAAUUAGAGGCACCUAUUUUUGUGUACAAAACCUUGCAUAAGAAAGAAUCAGUCAUUCAGUGCAGUACAAAACAGUGUAAAUUAAAAAAAAAAAAAAAAAAAAUGAAAGGAACAGCAAAUCACACAUCA